UCAGGCUCUGCACCCGACACCUUCAUCUACAUGAACUUCAUGAAGAGUCACAGCUGCUACGACGCCAUUCCAACCAGCUCCAAGCUGGUCAUCUUCGACACCACGCUGCAGGUGAAGAAGGCAUUCUUCGCUCUGGUGGCGAAUGGUGUGCGGGCGGCGCCUCUGUGGGACAACAAGCUGCAAUGCUUUGUGGGUAUGCUGACCAUCACUGACUUCAUCAACAUCCUGCACCGUUACUACAAAUCUCCCCUGGUCCAGAUCUACGAGCUGGAGGAACAUAAGAUCGAGACGUGGCGAGAAAUCUACCUGCAGUACUCCUUCAACACACUCAUCAGCAUCACUCCAGAUUCUAGCCUCUUUGAUGCCAUCUACUCUCUGCUGAAGAAUAAGAUCCAUCGGCUGCCCGUCAUCGACCCGGCAUCAGGAAACGUGCUGCACAUCCUCACACACAAACGCAUCCUGAAGUUCCUGCACAUCUUCGGCGCCAUGAUUCCCAAGCCUCGCUUCCUCCAGAGGAAGAUCAGCCAGCUGCCCAUCGGGACCUUCCAGCACAUCGCCACCGUGCAGGAGACCGCCACCGUGUACGACGCGCUCAGCGUCUUCGUGGAGAGGAGGGUGUCUGCUCUGCCUGUCCUCGACCAAUCAGGACGAGUGGUGGCGCUGUACUCCAGGUUUGACGUCAUUAACCUCGCCGCCCAGAAAAAUUAUAACAACCUGAACAUGACGAUGAAGGAGGCCAUCGCUUCACGAGCCUGCUGCAUGGAGGGAGUCCUGAAGUGUUACCCCCACGAAACACUGGAGACCAUCAUAGACCGCAUCGCCGAGGCCGAGGUCCAUCGGUUGGUGUUGGUGGACCGUGACGACGUGGUGAGGGGGAUCGUCUCUCUGUCGGACCUCCUGCAGGCGCUGGUUCUCUCUCCUGCAGGUCUUUAUGAGCGAGCGUCCUCUGAAGACUGAGGAAUCACAGUGGACGAUGGACAAAACUCUCAGACCCUCCAUCAGGAAUCACUCACAUCCUCAUUGACGUUUUUCGCCUGACGACCAUCUAGAGACAUUUCCCUGUGAAUAAAUCUGACGUGAGGUCAGUGAGCAACGCGGCCGUUUGGAAACAUGGACGACCAAUCAGGAAACUGAGGAACCAAUGUUCUGCUGCGAUUUCAGGCUCCAGAGUCACUAAAAGGAGGACAACAACUGAAC